GCUCUGACCGCGCAGGGUGGCUACAAGAGCGACGCGAUCUCGGCGGUAAACUACGCCAUGGCAAUGGGAGCGCAGAUCUCUUCGAAUUCUUGGGGCGGACACAGUGAGAGUCAUUCCCUGCAGCAGGCCAUCCAGGUUGCUAUGGAGGCUGGCCACCUCUUCGUUUCGGCUGCAGGUAACGACAACGCGAAUGCGGACCAGUAUCCCUUCUACCCCUGCGUCUAUCCGCAUGUCCUCUGUGUUGCGGCAUCGAACUCUGAGGACGAGUUCACCUUCUUCAGCAACUACGGUGUGCAGAGCGUCGAGCUUGUUGCUCCCGGCCAGAACAUCAUCAGUACCUAUCUUGGUGUCAACGAGUACACCUCGCUAACUGGCACAUCCUUCGGCACGUCCCUCGUCGCAGGUGCCGCUGCGCUGCUUUUCAGCUGGCUCAGGGGCGCGGUCAACACGGUGCAGACAGUGGAGGACAUCCGCUGGCUCCUGCUCGACACUGCUCAGGAGCUUUCGUGGACGACCGGCUUUGUCGGCAAUGG